AUGACCCUCAAUCUUUACAUCCUUACCUUCAAUUGCGCUCGCACACUGGUUCAGCCCGAUGUUUUCGCUCCUUAUCUAUUCUAUGCACUCGAUCCGGGCUCUCAUUCGCCAGAGCUCCUUGUUCUCUGUCUUCAAGAGCUCGCACCCAUCGGUUAUGCAUUCCUCGGCGGUUCUCUUCUAACACCUUAUUUCAAUGCUUUCCGUCAAGUUGUCAAACUUGCCUCCGAGAACCAUAGCUAUGUCAACGUCAUUUGUCGGAAUCUCGGCCUGACUGGCUUGAUGGUCUUCGCAAGGGAUGAUGUCGCGGACAAUAUUGAAUGGCUUCACACCGCUGGAGUCGGGUUAGGUAUCGGUGAAAUGGGGAAUAAGGGAGCUGCUGGGGUCAGACUCGGCUACAAACCGCCUGGUUCCGAGGAGAUGCAAUUCACUUUCGUUGCUGCCCAUUUAGCACCUAUGGAGGAUGCAAUUGAGCAGCGGAACGAGGACUACAAGAGCAUUGUUCAAAGAUUGGUUUUCGUCCCGGAUCCAAGCUCCAAGCCCGUGUCGGAGAAUGAGGAAGGAGAGGAUGCUCCCUUGUUACAGAGACAACCUCCCUCGCCAAACUCCUCCGAAAGCGGUGUCUAUUCUCCAUCUUCUCACCUGUUUUUCGCGGGGGAUCUCAAUUAUCGCACGUCACUACUUCGUCCAUCCUUUCAAGAUUUUACCGAGAGAUUCCCUCAACCCACAAGGAAUGAGGAUGAUCCCCGACAUUAUCGGCAUCUACUUGCAGAGGACCAGCUCACUCAGCAGAUCCAGGCGGGCAAAACUCUGCAUGGGCUGAGUGAAGCUGCAAUCCGAUUUCCACCGACCUACAAAUACCAGACCAGCAGGAACCAGGCUGUGAUCGUCGAUGAGGAUCAUCACUGGCAGUGGGCACGUCACCGCUGGCCCAGUUGGUGCGAUAGAAUAUUGUUCCGGAAAACAGGUGACGUCAAGGUGAAUCCCCUGAAGUAUACCUGUCUCCCAUUGUUUGCAACCUCAGAUCAUCGACCGGUAGCAUUGGCAGCUUCUGUGCCCCUGACUGCCGUAUUGAAUGCUGGCCAGGGCGAGAGUCCACCGUAUCCCAUCGACCCUGAGUGGAGGAAUAAGAGAGCUCUGGCACGGAAGAAGGAGUUGGUCGUGGGUAUUUUGGCUUACCUAACCAUGACAUGGCAAGGGAGAGGUUUACUAGUAGCUACCGCCAUUGGAGCCCUGGGAGGAUGGUUGAUGAUCAGAUCCAUGAUCAGGGUGUGA